UAAAGCAUGUUACUGUGUUACUUCAGUGACAGUAGUGACAUUGCUGAUUGGCCUCGUAAAUUCAGAUAUGAGAAGCGGGAAAAGAUGUUUAUAUGGAAAUAAGUGCAUUUUUCAACCAACGUGUAUUGAUAAAAGUCUCUGUUUAUCGCCGCCAUUUAAUCCUAUUUGUGGAACAGCACUGCCACCGUGUAAUUCGGGAAAUAUGGAAAGCAGGAAUGGUGCUCCAGCUGAGAACACUCUUCCUACACUUCCUCCGAUAACAGAAACAAAACAACCUUUUUAUGAUUUCAAGAUGGGUGCUCCGCAAUUGCAGCUUUCUCCUCCGCCAAAGAAACCCCGAACAAUGAAUAGAGCCCCUAAGAUAUUAAACGCUCCUGUUUCUUCGAUUGUCCUGAGAGAGAAGGAAUCGCUGUAUUUGCUCUGUUCGGUGGACACAAAUGGUGAUCCUGGCACGCGUAUAGAAUGGAUAAGAGAGAAAGAUAAUGCGAUUGUUGGGCAAGGAGAAACAUUUCAGUUGAAUAACAUCGAACAAACUGAUGCUGGAAGGUAUUAUUGCAAAGCUCAAAAUGAUGACAGUGCUGUUGCUGCAAUGGCACAGACUGAUGUAAAUGUUCAUUGUAUACCUAGAAGUUCUAAAAGUGUUAGUCAUCAAAUUAUAACUGCAGAUCUGGGAAAGAAUAUCGAGUUAACUUGUGAGACAACAUGCAAACCCGAACCGAAUUUCAUUUGGUAUCGUGGAAAUAUCACAAAUCCGUUGAAGACGUGCGAGCCAGUAUAUGACACGAUGGGGAAAAAUAGCAUGCACGAUUCUUUUUGCAACCUAACGAUUGGUGUAAAAACACAUGGUGAAACGUUAACUUGUUUAAAAUCGAACAGUAUUGGAGAAGACAAGCAAACCUUUGAAAUAAAGCCCCAAGCGCCACCCGUUACGGCUACGCCUACAUCAAUAAAAAUGAAUCCAGCAUCAACGUUUGAAGCUGUUGGAUGUUUUGCUAAGUGUGAUAGUUGUGUUUCAAAUUUCCCUGAACUACUUUUCAUCGAUACUGGGCAAACUGAGCAUUAUGGAGAUUCACUGCCGGAAUAUAACAAGCAAUUCGUACAUCGCUGUGCCAAACAAUCGCAAUCACGUGGAUUUGAGUAUUUUGGUAUCUCAAAUUACGAUCAUUGCUACUCUGGUAAUCAAGCAGUGAAAACAUUUGAUCGAUAUGGUAAAAGCAAUACUUGUAUAACUGGUGAAUUUAAACUGUGUCCAUCGAGGGGUCAAGAGUUUUGUAUAGGACAGUGUUCUUCGAUCUAUGUUUAUAAACAUAAUUUGAAGUCUGAGGGAGAGAACCGCAGCGAAACAGGAACAUUCAAAAACAUGAGAUGGUUUCAAAAGAAAAGCGAAAUUAAAAAAACUGACUGGAUUAAUCGAGCUCACAAGACUCGGCAUUGUUCACCGCUUAGGAAAUUCCUCGAGAAGACUAUUUACAUUACUGCAAAGUCAUCGGCCUAGCUUGUUUUCAUAACACAUGCUGAUUUUUUUCUGCUUGAAUUAUUCUGGGGAAUUGUGCAGCGUAUCCCCUAAAAAACGUUGCCGUGCCGCCACAAUAAAGAAGCAAAUGGUCAAAGUCUCAAAGAUAAGGUCAUCAGUGCAAAACACUUCAAAUACGAAAUUGUCUAGAAUCCUAAAAAAUAGGAAGAUAAGGACAGAAUAUUGAUAAGACAGAUCAGAAUUCUGUAGUUUGUACUGUUGAUUUUCAAAGUUUCGUUGUAAAAGCAACUCAGUCCCCGGCGCUGACUAUUGGACGUUCGAGCAACC